UUCUUCGAAUGGAUUAAAGCGACUAUGCAUUAGAUCGGGUUAAAUGGCUAGCCGUAUCAAAUGCACGUGGCAGGAAGGACACCUUGAUUGCUUAAUUGUUUUCUACUUUUUUCAGGGAGGAAGCUGCAAUAUAAAUCAAAAUACAAGAGCAAGAUCGAAUGUUUCAGUUAAAAAGGCCACUCUUUUCUCCUAAUGGUUGAAGGGGGAGGGUGGUUUCCAUUCCGUUGUCUGGGACAUCGGAGCCUGAGCUCUUUAGGACUCGAAGCUUAAAAAAUGGCGACGCUAGUUGUUUCUGAUGAUAUAUUAAGGGUUUUUGAAUCUGGGUCUCCCUUGGUUUCCACAAUGGUUUAAGCUUCUCCAUUUUUUACAGGAUUGAAGACAUCUUUCUUCGCUAUUUUGACCAGUCCAAUGUACUAGAAGGGCGACCAGUUGAACAGGAGGGGUAUUUGUACCAAAAUCUCAAGCGCUUGAAAUAUGAAAGAGAAAUGCUGGAAAAGAUUGCAAAGAUAGAGGCGCUUCAGGAGAAACUCCAUGAAAUCAGCCAGAAACUACAAGAGAGACAAGAAAAGAUGAGGUCUUACAAUCCAGAUGUGGUGAAUAUCAACUCAGUUCAUGAUACCAAUGAGCACCGACAAUUUCUUAAUGAUGCAAUUCGAAAUAUGGAAAAGCUAAAAAUGGAGAUUUUACAUGAACCUUUAGACCUUCAGAUGUCUGGGUGUUUUCAGGUGCCUCCUGCUGCUACCAGGGAUGCUCAUUUGACUGCUGACGAGCUUGUGGAUGCCAAUGGAAACUGGAAUCCACCGCAGGAUGACCAUCAACCUAAAGAGGCACACUUGCCUGUUGGUCCACACCUGAGCCUCGAGUACCUUAGAACUCAAAAGCACUGGAACCUUCAAAGUCGUGGGCAGGGCAAUGUCUGAGAUUAGACACCAAGUGAGGAGAGUUUUAUUGUUAGGGUCCUUCAUCCAAGUUUUAUUAUGGCUUAUAUUAAUAAGAUCAUCAGCUUCUGUAGUUUACCAUGAUAUGGGUUUUAGCAGAAGCUGUCGCAUGCGUGUUUUCCUUAAGAACUUCGGAUUCUACUCUUGUUUGAAGUUUGGAACUUGAAUAAUGUUGGAUGUUGCAAUUUACAUGGAUUUGUUGUUUCUUUAUGCAUGAGUUUGAGCUUUGUGAUAA